CAUUCAUUGUUGCAUUGUAUGUUGUGGACUGAUUUUAAGGUAAACAAAAUCACUUGCUUUUUGUUUAUUAUUAGUGUUAUUUAUCGAACAGUAACAACAUAUCAUUGUAAUGAUUAAAAUAAUUCGUUGAAGAAUGAGCACUAACGUAGACGAUCAAAAAUUAGAACAAAAACCAGUAUUCAAAGCAUCAUCUUUCCAAAUUAUAAAAGCUAGCAAGAAGAAAUACGUUUGGAAAAGUUUAAAACAAAUAAUCGCAUCAGAAAAAACUCUUCCUUGGCCCGAAGAUUGUGUUCACUAUGGUUCAAUAAAUGCUCCUCCCAGUUUUAAGCCACCUCAGAAAUUUUCGGAUCUCUCUGGUCUUCCUGCCCCAUAUACUGAUCCCCAAACACGAUUAAGAUAUGCCAACAAAGAGGAAUAUGCGACGAUUAUCGAUUUACCCAUGGAUAUUACAGCUGGAUAUUUAGCCUUACGAGGAGCUACUAGUAUUGUAGGAUAAAUAUAGUACUCCUGCCAAAGGGUAUUGUGAGUUUUUUCACCAGUAAUUGAUUUUUAAAACAAAAUGCCAAUUUCGUUUAGUUUCAGUUCAAUUGAAAAUGGAAAAUAAAUUUAAUUUUAAUUGAAAA